AUGAAGCCAGCGGACCCAUCAGCUGUCUCAUCCAGUUUGGUCAACCCAGUCGUCAAAUCCGGUAACUCUGCCGGCGAUGUGAACUUGGUGAAGUCUAAAAAAGGUGCGGCGGUCUCCUCCGGUCCAGGCAAACCAGUCAUCAAAACCGGUGCUUCUUCCGGUGUCAGAAUCGGCGUUAGGAACAAAUCCUCUGUCCCCAUCGGCGAUAAGGGCAAAUCCAUUGUCUCCGGCGAAGUGGGUGAUGUGAUUUCCUUCAGAGACGUGACCUUAGGGCCCCAUGAAGGCGAAGUCCGGUUCCGGUUGAUCCACUUCUGGGAGGCUUGGAAUAUUCAGUCUAAGGUUCUUAUCGGUGUCGAGAUGCUUCUCAUUGAUGAAGAGGCAAAUGUGAUUCAGGGCUUCAUUCCCCAAGGGAGGAUGGAGACUUAUAUGCGUCACAUAAGAGCAGGUGCUACUUACCGACUCAAUAAGUUUUUCGGGUCAAGGAGCAAGCCUAGCUUCCGGGUCGCUGAUUCUGAAGUGACUAUAAGUUUCUCAUGGAACUCUGUCCUCUCUGUUCUCGAGGAUAGCUCCAUCAGUUUCCCUACGGACCGGUUCCGGAUUCAUGGGUACGAAGAGUUUGAUGCAGCAUGUGACAUGAAAGGUGGUCUUUAUGAUUAUGUUGGCCACAUCAAGCUUGUGAAUGGGCAGGUUCCUAAUGGAAGUUUCCUGCUUGAUGAGACAGAGAUAACUGCAUCUCGCCGAGUUGAUCUCCAUGUUCAGACACAUGAUGAACCCGUGCUGAAACUAUGCCUCUGGGACAAGGCUGCCUUCGAGUUUUGUGCCAAGUUUAAGGCAUGUGGAGGCACUGCGCGUGUCAUCUUAGUCACCACCUUAAACCCGAAACGUUAUGGAGUGCUCUCUCUAUUGUCUAUGACGUCCUCUCGGGUUUUCCUGGACAGUGAGGUGAAAGAAACCCAAGACUAUCUCACUUGGUUGGACUCGAAUUUGGAUGUUGCGAGUCGAAUUAAUGCAGAGGUUGUCAUCAAGCCUGAGCCAGCGACCUUGGAGGAAAUCUUCUCCUACAUGUCUGACGCAUCUGCUAAGGUUGCUUGGUUUGAGUGCACAGCAACUAUUGAUGAUAUUGUGCAUGGAUCUGGGUGGUAUUAUAUAGGAUGUGGUGUGUGCCAUACUAAGGCAACUAAAGGACCAACCACCCUUAUGUGUAAGAAGUGUGGGAAGAGUGAGAUCGUUGGUGUAGCGAAGUACCUGUCAAAGUUAUCUGUAUAUGACAAGAGUGAGCAAGCCGUAUUUGUCGUCCUUGGUGAUGCCGGUGAGGAGUUGACUGGAAGAAAGCUUCUGAGUUGGUUGAGAGCUAUUACCAGUGAUAGUGUUGGGAUGGAUGCCAUAGUGCCGGUGCCUCAGGAAAUGCUUGAUACCAUUGGACAUACACGGAAGUUCAUUGUGAAGGUUUCAAGUCACAACUUGGAAGGCAAGACCAGGUCUCUGACUGUGACAAAGGUGCUCCCUCUUGAAGCCCCGGAAGCCAACGCCAACUAG